AUGGGCCAUGAAUAUUUUGCAGAGGUCUCCGAAGAAUUCAUCGAAGACGACUUCAACCUGACCGGACUGGGAGCUCUAGUACCACGAUAUAAGGAGGCUUUAGAGCUUAUUUUGGAUGUGGAGCCUGAUUCGGACGAGGACGAUGAAGAGGACGAAGACGAAUAUGAGGAGGACGAGGAUAUCGUCCUGGGAGAUGAACGGUCUCCAGACUACAAGAAGUCUGAGAGGAGACACAAUCGUGUUGCAAGCGACUUGAGCGUUAUCGAAAGCUCCGGGGAACUGCUAUACGGGCUGAUCCAUCAACGCUACAUAACGUCUCGGCAGGGGAUGCAGCAGAUGUUCGAAAAAUACCAGCUGCAGCAUUUUGGAUCCUGUCCACGAGUCCUGUGCGGCGGGUGCAAGGUUCUACCAGUUGGCCGUUCAGAUAUUCCUGGCAGAGACACAGUGAAGCUAUACUGCCCCAGCUGUCAGGAUAUCUACACUCCUCCCAACAGCAGGUUCCAGUCCGUUGACGGAGCCUUUUUUGGCACAACUUUCGGGUGUUUAUUUUUCAUGACCUUUCCAGAGCUUGAUGUUGCAGCCAAGGCGGAGUCUGGUGCCAGUGCUUUGGCUGGAGGAGCCAAUGCAAGACGUACAUCUCUCAACAGCCCAUCAGGGUCCACCAUUUCACAGCCUCCAAACCAACCGAUCCAACUCAAUGGUUUUAAUGUAUCCAACAUCGCCCCAGGCCUAGGUGCUGGCAAAAUAUACGAGCCCCGGAUAUACGGGUUUAAAGUGUCAGAGCGUGCCAAAUCUGGACCAAGGAUGAAGUGGCUGAGGAUGAAACCAGAAGAUAUCAACGAACUGGACGAAACGACAAUAUACCAUUCUGGGCACACAGGAAAUGGUCAGGGCUGUGACGAAGAUGAAGAAGACCAAGCAGAUAGAGACGCAACCCUGAACGUCAUCAACCAACGCAGAAAUAUCCCCUGGCCUACUCUUGGCGAAUCAUCACCGUUUGAACCCGUUCCCUUUGUGGAGACUGGCAGUUGCUUAUUUUUCAUCACUUCCAAUUUUAUUUGA